AUGUUUCACCAUUCGUCCAAGAUGAAAACGUCUACCUUGAUUCCUCUUUUUCUGACAAACGCCUUUGCUGGUGCAUUGUCGAUUGGUAGAACCGACCUGGUUGACCAUGGUCUCAACACAGCACUCCUACCGGGAGAAUUUAUCCUAGCGAAUGGAGAACAUCUCGAGGUUGUCGAUGAGAGCCGACUUCAAGAGUUCUUGAAGAUCGAAGGUAUUCUUGCUGAACCUCCAGCUUGGGACGAAUCCUGGCUCAAUUUUACCUAUGUCGAUGACAUUAAUUCGAGAUCGUCUGAGAUCUCAGCUCGUCAGGCCUCCUGUUCCGGCACUACAUCUUAUGUCACCGACAAGACAGAUAGAUUUGUUGAUUGGGACGUCCAGAUGUCACCUGUCGUGCUCGGAGCCGGAAGCGGUGUCGAUGUCUCCGUUUCUUCUGGCUGGAGCAUCGCCAACUCAGUCAGCGUAUCUGCUGGUCUCGACAUCAAGGUCGUCAAGGACAGAUUGGGCGGCACCUUUGGGGUGGACUUCUCCCGUACCUGGACUUCUACAACAUCUCUGCAGUACAAGACCACCAUCAAGGAUGGCGAUGCUGGGACAUGGAUCACUCGGCCCUGGACUAAUCGCAGAUAUGGUCGAACUUUUCGGGGGUGCCCCGGUUCUUUGACACAGACCGGAACGUGGAUAGCAGAUUCGCAUGAGGAUGGAAGCUAUGAUAAUGCAAAGUGGGUGUCGGGGUUUAUCACUGCUUGUAUUAAACCCGCCCCCACAAGUGGUCAACUUACCCGUUGCCAUGGCGGGGGAGUAUUCAAAUAA